CGAUCCGCGCUAUAACAUAGUGCCCUCAGAACUCUCAGCUCCGCACACAGUCACAGAGAGAGAGAGCGCGCGCGCGAGAGAAAGAGAGAGAGAGAGAGAUGGGGGAGGAGAAGCGGCACCAGAUGAUGCAGAACCUGUUUGGCGAUCAAUCGGAAGAAGAGGAAGAGGUUGAUUCCGAGCACGAGUCCAAUCCCCAGCCCAAUUACGUCUCUGACGAAGGAGAGGGAGGGCUGGAACCUGAGGCUGAAGGUGAAGGUGAAGUGGAGGGGCAUGGGGAGGCGGAAGUAGAGAGUGAAGGUGAAUUGCAUGAUGUAGAUCCUGAUCCUGGAGAAAGUGAGGGUGAAAGAGAUCAAAGUUCCCAAGAAGUAGAAGUUGGUGAUCAAAGAGAAGAAAGUGAAGGAAAAGAUACUGACAGUGAUGAAAAAGAAGAGUAUGGUCAAAGAGUUGUAACAAGUAAGAGACGCGAUGUUAUUGAAAGUGGAUCUGAGGAAAACCAUUAUCCUGACAAUGAAGACGAGGGGGUGGAUCAGGGUAGAAGUCCAAGAUCACCAGAGGAAGGGAAGGAUCAGACUCAUAUUUCACAUUCAGCUGUUCGUGAUGUUUUUGGUGAGUCUGAUGAUGAAGAAGCAGCUGAGUAUGCAGUUCAUGAUGAAAUUGAGCAAGAUUCAAAUAGAUCUCCUAUGGAAGAGGAAGGGAGCUAUGGGAAGAGUCUAAGACCGGAGGAUAUAGUGGCUGAUGAAGAUGCUCAGUAUGAGUCAGAAGAGGAAAACAUUGAGGCUAAAUUUAAAGAGAAGCCAGUUGGUCCCCCGUUGGACCUUGAGAUUCCAUUACGUCCACCUCCAGCUCGUCCAGAAAAGAUGAACAUGAUUAAAGUUUCUAAUAUUAUGGGAUUUGACCCAAAACCAUUUGAUCCUAAAACAUAUGUGGAAGAGGAUACCUUUGUGACUGAUGAAUCUGGAUCUAAGAAACGUAUACGCUUAGAGAACAAUAUUGUGCGCUGGAGGACUGUUCGAAAUCCAGAUGGCACGACAUCUUAUGAAAGCAAUGCACGCUUUGUGAGAUGGUCAGACGGCAGUUUGCAGUUAUUAAUUGGGAAUGAAGUUCUUGACAUAUCUGUGCAAGAUGCGCAACAUGAUCAAGCACAUCUUUUUCUUAGACAUGGAAAGGGAAUCCUCCAAUCUCAAGGAAGGGUUUUGAGAAAGAUGAGGUUUAUGCCAUCAUCUUUGUCAUCAAAUUCUCAUAGACUGCUGACUGCUAUUGUUGACUCACGGCAUAAAAAGGUUUAUAAGGUUAAGAACUGCAUCACUGACAUUGAUCCUGAGAGGGAAAAGGAGGAAAAAGAAAAGGCUGAAAGUCAAACGAUCAGAGCUAACGUACUUCUUAACCGGAAGAGGGAAAAAGUAAGCCGGAAAUAUACCCCAACUGUAGACAGGCGGCGCCAACUUUCUCCUGGGUUCUUGGAGGAUGCUCUUGAUGAGGAUGAUGAGACAGAUUAUUAUGAUUCUCGACGUUCUCGCCGCCACUUUGAGGAUGAUUUGGAAGUGGAAGCUCGAGCUGAGAAACGCAUUAUGAAUGCUAAGAAGUCGCAGGGACCCAAAGACAUCCCUCGCAAGUCAUCCCUGCCUGCUGCUAAAUCAUCUCGGCGCCCAGUGGAUUUCUCUGACAGUGAAAGAGAGGAAUCUGAGUAUGAAACUGAUGGGGAGGAAGAUGAGAGGUCUCCCCCGCGUAAGAGGGCUGCGGAGCCAGAGCAGGAGUAUGAUGAAGAGGAGGAAGAAGAAGAAGAACAUGAAGAAGAGGCAGAAGUAAAAGAAGCAUCAGAGGAGGAUGAGGAGGAGGAGGCUGAGGAGCCAAAGCAGAAGGGUCGGGACUUUGGAGGCAGUCUGAAGCGCAAAGGGAUUGAGUCAGAUGAGGACUCUCCCCCAAGAAAGAUGCCACCCCACCGCCGAAUGGCAGUCGUUUAUGAUAGUGACGAGGAAUGAAAACUUGCUUCAGACAAGAAUCUCACUAGUGAGUAUCUCCUUAAUUAAUUAAUGUACAUAGAGACUUCUUGUUUAUCGUCUGUGGUCAUAUGCUCGCUGCGAGAGUUGGAACUGUUGGAGAUGGAGAAGACACAUUUUCUGAGAAGAGUUUACCAAGUACAUGGAAAACACUUGCCUGUAAUAACCUUAAUAUGUACACGGAAGAGCAUUUUCAAAUAUGUAUUCUUUUGCUUCAUAUAUCACUUCUUAUCGCUUCCUCUUAAUUAUAUUUAUAAAUUAUUAUUAUUUUUUUUCC